AUGCCUUACAUCACACGCGCUGUUUCGCGCCGCAACAACACUCAUGAUAUAAAGAACCCUACAAACCCACUCUAUACUUCUUCUGUUGAAGCUUCGAAUAUUACAUCAAAACUUGACAGUGUACGGAAUCCUCUCGGAGAAACAACUGGUAAUUACCACUCUACUCCGAUCCCGCCAAAGAAAAUACCCAUCUCCUCAAAAGUGACACGACCAACAGACGAGAUUGCCAAUAAUAACCAUACUACAAGACCGAUGGUUGUGAAAAGAUCUCGAAGCAUCAAAGACCUCAUAAACCCGGAAGAACUUGGGAUAAAGGUAUUUAGGACUACAUUGUUGAGUGGAGUCGACAGAGACGACAUCCAAACCCCUCCCACCUGCGCCAACAGCAACGACAUGGAAGACAGUCAACGAAGACAAAAAGGCGGGUAA